UUUGCCGAUCCUUUGUACAUUUUGCGACUCAAGCUUCAUAUUUCACAACGCCAAAUUCUAAGCAUCAUUUGGUAUAAUUUGGGUCUUUCACUCCAAUUCCAGAUCAAGAUGAUCACCAGAUUCAUGACGGAGGUGACAACGGUCUUCAACCCAUUCUCUCCUAAAGCAAAGACCGCACGAUUAUUUCUGUCUUUCCUGCCGCCGAAUGCGAGGGCUGGGGGCAUGAAGAUUAGUACGAGGCUAUUACCACGAACUUCGAAAGAGAUAAGCUUUGUUGAGCUAAAGUUCAAAGAUGGAAAAGAGAUGAAGCUUGAUGCUGAGAAGUUGGGCAUCAAGGGGGUGACUGAAGAGGUAGACCGACAUUCACGAAUAUUGGCUAGACAAGAGGAGCUGAAUGGCAAUUGAGCUGGAGCCGUGGAUUUGUACACUAUUGCAUAUGGGAGGCGCACUGGCUGAAUGUAUGAUUCUAUUGUAGUUUGGAGUUGGGCGAGAGAGUUGAAGUUUUGUACCUUUAGACAAUUUCGGACAAUGGUUGGUACGUACAGAAACAGACUCAAGCACCUACGAAAACAUUUCCGACUACGAAGUACAAGCAAAACCAUCCAAUCAAGAAGAGGAGAGUGAAGGUUUACAGAAGAGCCAUUGAAUGCACACUGGGAAGUAUGUUC